GCGUUUUUUGAUCUUGGUGAAAACUAUGCUAGUUGGCCGAAGAUGGAUAAUAUCAUAAAUGAACAUGAAAAUAGCCCACUCCAGUCUGAAGAUGACAUUUUACAAUGUGAUAGAUAUGGCUUUCGUGGUGGCCAGCAGUAUACAAAUCCAGAGGAAGAAGAUCGUGUUCCCAUCGAGGUUAUACGUUCACGAGAGUUAAAAUGGAGAAAAAUGUGUUCUAACUGGAGUUUAUGGUAUUUUAAAUACCAUCAAAAGCUACGUGAUCGAUGUCGAAAAGGAAUUCCUGAUUCAUUUCGUUGUGAAGCAUGGCAACGACUUUGUGCAAGCCCAAUGGUACUUGUUCAACGUCAACGAAUUACAUGUGAUGAAACUGUCGAGACAAAAACAACAACUACAGGAACUAGUCAAAGUGUUGAUCAUAGUAGUAAAAGUAAAUUUCCUAGGCAUCGUUUUGGCACAUUAUCAAAUCGAACAAAUUUUAAAAGUUUACAAAUGGUUAUCACUUCUCCAAGUUUUCGUACUAGUCAAAUUAAAGAAGACGAUAGACGCAAACUUUUAUUUCGAAAAUUGCACGGCACUGACAGUACUGUGUUAAGUCAAGGGUCUAGUUUCCAUUCUUUACGCAUUAGCAGGGUUAAAGAUGUUAUUCCUGAUUCACAUGAUAGCUGUCGAUAUCCUUCAGCACUACCUCUUUCCUUACAAAAUCACGAGAGUCCAAAUACUCAAAGAAUAUCACCGUGGCAGCGAAAUACUUUCAAUAGCGAAUCCAUUCGAUCAAUAUCCGGUACAACUCAUAGCAGUCUUCAUAAUUUACCUUCUAGUGCAUUGAACAAUGUUAAUUCUUCAAUGUUUAACCAAUCAGCAUUACCUAAUUCAGGUUAUUCAACAAUUGCAUCUGUUCAUGGCAAAUCAUGUUCACCAGAAUCACAUAUUGAUACUACUGAUAUGAUAAAAUCAAAUCAUGUUACAACUACUAGAAAUUCCGGUGGUUAUGCUAGUCUUAGUACGACAUCUUGUACAGAUAGUUCUAGUACAAAUCAUUUUCAAAACGAAAUUCAAAUUCACGAAGCAUCAUCCACAGAUUCAUGUACUUCCAUUUUAAUAUCAUCAUCUGUUGGAUCGUCAUCAUCACCAAUUUUACAUCGAAUUACACGAAAUAUUGACGUGUUUUCUAACCAAACAAGUGGUGAUAUUCUAACAGAAUACGAUAAUGAUGAUCCCAGAGCUACACUUGUCCCAUCGAUUGAUUUAGAUCCAGAGAAAUUAUAUACAAAUUAUUGCUUACAAGAAGGGACAUCAGUUAAUUGUGAUCAAAUACGUCGUGAUAUUGAUCGCCAAUUUCCUUUCCAUGAAUUAUUCAGUGAAAAGGGAGGUCAUGGUCAAGAAAGUUUAUACACCUUACUAAAAGCUUAUACAAUUAGACAUCCGGAGAAAGGUUACUGUCAAGGUCAAGCCCCACUAGCAGCUGUCCUACUCAUGUUUAUGCCGGAAGUUGAUGCCUUUUGGACUUUCAAUGAAAUUUGUGAACGUUAUUUAGAAUCUUAUUAUGAUGAUGGUCUUGAACGAGUACAAAUUGACGGGGACGUCUUAUACGCGCUUCUUAAGUCGAUACAUCCUCCAAUAUACAAAUUUUUACGAAAAUAUUCAGUGGAACCAAAUCUUGUCGUUUUGGAAUGGUUCAUGUGUGCUUACACACGAACUUUACCUUGGACAGCUGUAUUAAGAAUAUGGGACUUGUUCUUCUGUGAUGAUCUCUUUAUUCAUGUGGCGCAUAAUAUUUUCUGCGUAGUCUGUUGUACCAAAAUUUAUAUAAAAUAUGGCACUGUUCAACAGUACCCAUCUACAGACCGACCAGUUGGGACUGAACUCAAAACGUUUGAGUUUUGUGGCGAGCACUUAACCUUUUUAUCACUGGGUAAAAUCAUAUUAUUUAAAGUGGCUAUUGUUUUAUUGAAUCGUUUAUUUGGACAUCCUUCUCACCGUAAAUCAUGUCAAGGACUUGACGAUAUUCUUAUGAGAUUACGUGAAGUAUCAUCUGUUGUUGGCAAAUUGGAUAAUUUCAUCCGUGAAGUUGUUCGAGUCCCUAUAACUACGAAAGAAUUAAGUCAACAAAUUGUUCGACAAUCUCAAAAAUGGGCAGCUAAUCAUCAGAAACAAUCUUAGGCACUUAAGUUCAUCAAUUGAUUUAAAUAAUUGUCCAUUACAUUAAAUGAAAAAAUAACUAAAAUAACAGUUGAUCAUUUACACGUUUACUCAGAUUAAGUCAGCAUGGUACAAAUGAAGUAAUCAACGCCAUAAAAUGAUAUAUAUAUAUUCUAUCUAUGCUAUGCUUCCCUACAUAUAUAUAUAUAUAUAUAUCUUUCCUCUUCGAACACUGAAUUACUCUUCAUUUGUUCUUCUACAAAAAAGAAUAUGUUAACGAUUUUCCUUUCUUUGUUAAGAAUAAAUAAUAAUUACGACUUUCAUACACUUUCUGGUGCAAUGUACUGUAUUUACUCCGCCCAAACUGCUUUCACUGGAUGAAAUUCCCUACUUCAUGGUAAACACUUAAUCAUAUCACAAGUGAAAUGGCUUUUUUCUCAAUAAAUGGAUAGACUCCUCCCUUGUAUUUACCACAUCAUUUUUCAUUUAAAAUGUCGUUUGUGCAUAUUGUUGUUGUUAUUCUUUUUCCUUUUAUCCAAACUACCUAUUUACUUUACACAUGGUUAUUGUUUUUCUACGGACGUUAAAUUACCACUCUCUCAGACUUAUGCAUCAGGGUGCAGGGUCGAGAGUAAUAUUUAUCUAGACACAUGAGAUGGAAGCCUUUUUAUGACUAUAUACAUAUAGCUUCAUCCUUUCGGCUUUUACGUAUCUUAAUUUCUCUCUUUCUUGUUUUAUUUUCGAAUUUAAUCAACCUACUCCAACUCUAACCUUUGAUCACUAUGCACUGUUUCGUGCUCACGUAUGUGUAUUACUACUGUACGACUGAAAUAAUUAUCUUCAUUGUGCAUUUAUUUCUCGUAAAUACUACAAUUCGAAUUUAUACAUGUCACCUCCUUACUAAUGAUAAUUAUUACUCUUACAAAAAGCUUUUGAUUAUUUGUUAUAAAGAUUCAAUUAAACAACUAUGUACAUAGAAGUUUUAUUUUGAAAAUCGUUUACUUCCUAUUUGUCAAGUUAUCUUAAUUUUUUAUGUAUCAUAAAUAAUGUGAUACAAGUUUUGCUUGCGUGUUGUUUUUUUCUCUCUAACUAUUCUGGCUUAUAUAUUCUUUGUAAGAAUAUUUAUUGUCAGACUUAUCGAAAUUUGUCAAAAUGAAGUUCACUAGUGUAGU